UUUUCAGUUGAUUGACUUGACUUUUGAUGGUGAUCAAUAUCAUCUUGUCUACGUACUUAAUCGAGUUUUCUAUUGGCGAAGGAAACAUCUGAGAAAAUCGUUUUUCGCAGCUCCAUAUGAUGCAUAUUUUUUUAGUUUUACUCGUAUUUAUCAUUAGUUGCCAUAAUCUAUAUGGUCGUUCAAGUCCUUAAUUGAAAACAAACCCUUUUUUGUAAUUGUUUUGGUCACUUCGCUAAGUUUUCUGAUUAUGGAGGAGCGCGUUCAACAUCGUCUUUUGCAGCUCAUUGAAGAGGAAGUUAACUCCGGACACAAUCGUACUUCCGAUAAAUCGCUAAAAGAACUGAAAUCCAUCUGUCGACAAUCAGACGAAUACGUGAAGGAAGCCUUUCGCCUGUUAUGGGAGCAUUUGUCCCAAGAACAUGCAGAAAUGCGCUGGAGCGCUUUCUUGUUGAUCAGGGAGUUGUUUGAUCGUUCCCAUUGUUUCCGCGAACUUCUCAUCGAGAACUUGAAUGACUACAUGGUUCUUGUUGCCGAGACUGAUCGACGUAAACCGCUGCCAAAACCAAAAAUCGUUGCUGAUCGUCUGAAACAAGCAUCCGUAGCGCUGUUUAAAUCAUGGACAGACAAAUUUGGCUCAACCUAUAAGAAACUCGAUUUGGCGUACCGCUUUCUGGAUGAUACGAAGAAAAUUGUUCAUCCAGCCAGCUCAGCAUCGUCGUUUUCCGAUCUUUUCACACCGCGCACGGAAUCACGAAAUUCAACGAUUCAGCAAAAGAAAAUCGAUGCAAUUAAAUCGCAAAUAUUGGAAAGUGAGGAGGAAUUGGAUAAUCUAAUGAACGAAACGGAAAAUCUUUUCCGUAUCGUUGUGCCUGAUAUUCUUCAGGAUGCGUCGCCCAGUGUCGAGCAGACGAAUUUGCGGGCGCAUGGAUUGCCGUCGACCGCGUCGUUCAGUAUUCAGGUGGAUUUAAUCCCGCGCACCCUUCGCAUGGAGCGGACUAGCGAGACUGAAGCGCUUAUUGAGAAGAUGGAGGAAAAUGCGGUGCUGCUUAAUGGGAAAUGUCUCCCCUUGACGGUGCAUUGGUUGAGUGUUUUGUCGAAGUCUGGCGCACAGCAGGAGGAUGUGAAAAUGUGUAUCGAUCUGAAACAGCGGAUUGAAAUCUUGCUGAGAAAAGCCGCUACGCUUGGGAUUAAUUUUUUGAAUCGGAGUAAACGAAAAAAGGGUGAUAGUGAUAGUGAAGAGGAAGAUUUUGUCGACGUUCCGGAAGGGAGUUUUCAGGAAACCGAAAUGGUCAAUCUGGAUGACGAAUUGAAACCCUCCACCUCUGGUGUGAACCCUGUAUAUCAAACAAGUUCGUCGGCAACUCUAGAGACGGUGCCUAAGAUGAAGUCCGUAUCGACGCGCGACGCACAUUUGUCCGUGGCUCCUGUUGUUCCGUUCGGCCCAGAUUUGGAAAGGUGGGGUGAGCCUUCCGACAAACUGCCGGAGUUACCCGCCAACCCUAAAGUGGACGCUGUCCAUCGUUUCUGGGCCGCCCCCGAUACGGAAAAGGACUCGCCCAAUUUACAGGUGGCAGAGUCUUUGUUGAGUCGCACGAUGCCGUUUGCUGGUAAAUUUGAACCGGUUAAAUGGUUCUGUCGCGCUCCUUUGCCGAACGGACAACUGUGUCCACGUCAGGACCGUGUAAAGUGCCCGUUCCAUGGAAAAAUUAUCGCCCGCGACGGGACAGGCACGCCCUCAGAUGAAGAAGAGCGCCGGAAGGAGAGACUGGCGAAGGAGAGAGCCGAGGCGGAAAAAGUUCCUGACUGGCAGGAACCGGAAUUCCUAAAAGAUCUCGAAGCAGCAACGGGAAAGAAUUUGAAAGUAGAGAAGCGGAAACCGCGAAAGCAGGACAAUUUGACUGAUCUGGCGGCGGAGGACAACACUCCGAAAAAUCGUUUGGCCAAGAAGAUUUUUGAUAGAGCAGCGGUCAAACGGGUAGCUGCAACGAUGGAUGCGGUGCAGAGAAAAAAUGCCGCUGAGAAAUUUCAGCAUAAUUGGAAUUAUGCCAGUAUCUCUCAUACAUAAAACUGUGAUUGUGCUGGUGAGUGGUGUGAUUUUGCUGCGAUUUUGUCUCAUCUUAGGAGACGGUUUGUAAUACCGGUGUAACAUUUUUUUCAAUGGAGACUUCCUUAAUAAUUUUAGUGAAUUUUUUAGCACUUUCUGGGCUCUGUAUCUUUACCACGGGUAAUUGUAAUGUACUGUUAUUAACUGAAAUCAGCUGCGACAACUUAAUUACAGUUACAGAAUGUUUCAAGUGCAUGAAUUAAAUUGCAUU